UGGAUGGGACAGCGGAAGCAGCGUCUCGAAGCGCUGACAUUUUCAGUCUACUUGGUGAAAUUGGCGAAAUAAUUUAUCAAAAUGCCGGCUUAUCACUCUAACUUAAUGGAUUCCGACACCAAACUGGUGGGAAACAUGGCAUUGCUGCCCCUUAAAACUCAAUUCAAAGGACCUGCGCCCAAAGAGACCAAAGAUACAGACAUAAUUGAUGAGGCCAUCUACUAUUUCAAAGCCAAUGUUUUCUUCAAGAACUAUGAGAUUAAGAACGAAGCUGACCGCACACUCAUCUACACCACGCUGUACAUCUCUGAGUGUCUAAAGAAGCUACAGAAGUGCAGCUCUAGAGGUCAGGGGGAGAAGGAGAUGUACACACUCGGAAUCACCAACUUCCCCAUUCCAGGAGAGCCAGGCUUCCCUUUGAAUGCCAUGUAUGCCAAGCCCUCUAACAAACAGGAGGAAGAGACCAUGAGGGCAUACUUGCAGCAGAUUCGACAGGAGACUGGCUUGAGGUUGUGUGAUCGAGUGUUUGACCCUCAGACAGACAAGCCAAGCAAGUGGUGGCUGUGCUUUGUAAAGAAACAGUUCAUGAACAAAAGCCUGUCUGGCCCCGGUCAGUGAACUGCAUCUCAGGAUGUCUCCCGGUACUACGUGUGCGAAUCAACAGUUGAGCUUUCUUGUCUUUUGUGCGAAUUUGUUUGCUACCCGAUGUCGGAUACAGAGGAUUUUUAUACUCUGGAUACUAAGUCCAGCAUUUUUGAUUGACAUUUUAAGAAUUAUGUCAAACUAGGAACAAAAAAAAAAAAUAA